AUGCUACGUCGUGCCUUUGUGAGGUUUCGUGGGUCGGUGUUCCAGAUGCCGUCUACACCAGUGUAUCCACUUACUACUACUAAGAAGGUAGCCCCGCCCACUGCCCUUGCUAAGAGGACCCCUGAACAACCAUUCGGCUGGGGAUCACCUGUUAGGGAGGACAGAGCAUGGAGAGUUGUCCCGAGGAACUUCAUUAUUCUCGUGAUCGUCUACUUGUCGGGUUGGGCGGCUAUCAAGACCAUGCUACCUAGAGGUGGCAGUAUCUUGGGGCAAAUCUACGGUGGUCCUCCUAAGGGUCGGCUUAUCUAA